UGCGCGCUCAGUCACGCAGAUGCACGCGCUCUCGUACCUCCAGUCUUCCUGCCAAAGCGAUGUACUCGCGUUGUCCCGCACAGCCCCAGCAAACGGUUGUCGUUUUCAGCACGGGACAGAACCUGCACCCUCUUACUGCAAUAUGGCGACAGAGUUUCACAACCUUCAGGAGCUGAGGCACAGUGCAUCGCUGGUAACAAAAGUGUUUGUACAGAGAGACUACAGCGAAGGAACCGUGUGCCGCUUCCAGACCAAAUUCCCCUCAGAGCUCGACAACAGGAUUGAGCGAACCUUGCUUGAGGAGACAGUGAAGACCCUGAACUCUUAUUAUGUGGAGGCGGAAAAAAUCGGAGGUCAGUCGUACCUGGAAGGAUGUCUGGCUUGUGCAACAGCUUAUAUCGUCUUCCUCUGCAUGGAGACACGCUAUGAGAAGGUGCUGAAGAAAAUAUCAGGCUACGUCCAAGAGCAGAAUGAGAAGAUCUAUGCUCCUAGAGGUCUGCUGCUAACAGACCCCGUAGAGAGAGGAAUGAGGGUUCUAGAGAUCAGUGUGUUUGAAGACCGGGGCUCGGGCAGCUCCAGUCCCAGCAGCAGCAUGUCAUCGGCAGGCAGCAACGCCCGGUGACUGGAGGGGCAGCGCCAGGCUUACGGGUACCACCACAGGGGCAGCGGGACACUUACCAACAUCCGCAUGCUGAAACAUGAGAGCACCAGGUUCUAAGACUAAGAGUGGAGAGCAAAAAGGCAAGGAGGUGAUCCACAGCACUCACACUCUCCCUGCUGGGGCCUACAACGUACCACCUCGAGAAUAGUAACUGGCUUAGACAAACACAGUGGAUAGCAGAAAAAACACAAGUGCAACAGAACCGACACACAGGCAGUAGACACAUAUACGAGCCAACAUCCAGAAUGUCUGUGAGGGAAUAUCCAACUCUCCGACUCUCCAACAGCUAUCCAAACCAAACUAAUAAUGAUUUCUUUUGUUUCAAUUUUUUUAUUCACCUUUUCUCUCAUUCCAUCACGUCUGUUUCCAUGAGUCACAGCAUCUCUGUUGUACGGCUGAUUCAGCAGGCUUACCCUUGAUUAGACUCAAUGUCAGUGCUUGAUUGUUUUCAGGGUGGUCACGGUCACUAUCUCUAUCUGCUGACGCAUUGACAGUGUAGUCUUGGGUCUGUGCUUCAGUUCUGAAAUCUGGAAGUAGGAAAACUAUUGGGCUCCUGGGAGACCCAAUGUUCCCCGGUCUAGCUGAAUGAUUACAUUUACUUCAGCUGGUUGGGGUCAAGCCACUUUGAAUGCUGGCAAAUUCGGGCCUGCUGUGGGACUGCUCGGUUAUAUGCCCUGUUCAAAUGCGUUGGCUUUACUAUCAAAUGGAUAACAGAGAGCACCUUGGAUUAUUUAUCCUUAUUCACAGUAGUGGAUACUAGUGAUCCACAUUGCAGCUGUAGGUCACACUCCUACACACAUACUAUGCAUACAAAUGUACACAUCCUUGCCCAAGUACUCAUACAGACACUAGAAGGGGACAAAUAAGCACAUAGUACAUAUAUACACAGACACCUGUGGCUAAUGACCAAGCGUUCCUGCACACAGUUUCUGACAGACAUAGAGUUGGAGUCAACUUAGCCAGACAAUACUACUGUGGUCUUCCCUCAUUGAGAACCAAGCAAUCCCAGGCCCUGUAAACCUGCGCCAGUUUCCCUGGUAGUGUGUACAUGUACUGUAUCUGGUGUGUUGUGUAUGUCUGUGUUCCACUGGUCCCAGCAUCACCCACGUUGAGAUGAAAGCUUGCUGAUUAUUAAGGAGACCUCAAAGUGGGAUGAUCAGUUUCCCAAAUGAGAACUGAACAUACAAUGUAUGAUAACCAGCAGGGUGGUAAUAACAGGUGUGUGUUUGGAUGUGAAUAUAGGUGUGUGUAGAAUAAUCAGCAUGUACAGACUUCAAUACCAGAUACUCUAUUCUAGUCUGUCUCAGCUGCUUAUGUAGAUGAAGAUAAUUUCUAAUUAUCCAAAAUGCAAGACAGCGUAAAAUAAAAAAAAAUGUCUAGAAGAAGUAUUUGACAUGCACACAACAAAAUUAAGAAAUACAGAGUAGUGUUGAUGCAGAUAAAGAUUUUAGAUUAAAAAUGUCUCUGACAUCAAGUCUUUAAGUUCAUUCUUGUCAUCUGUUAGUUUUUUAUUAACAGAAAUUUAAGGGACAUUUGGAUAAUUUUGCCGUAAAACAUAGUUUUAGCUCCCUCUAGUGACAGACUGGGGAUGUUCUGCAUUUUCAAAUUAAAAAAAUACUACAAGAAUUUAAGUGUAAAGACAAAGUCUGAUUCAUAGUCUGAUUCUAAUAACUUCUAGUACUACUUACUUACUCACACUAACGCACUGCCCUGUAGCUUCCUUUUUUUGUGCAUUAUCUUCAGUACCUGAGCAGCAUACAAUCUGUCUAUCUUGUGGGAAAUAGUGCAUCCUGUCUUGUUUAAUUGUGUGUGGAGGCAUUUUGUAGCAACAGUGUUGAUGCCAGUAGACAGCACACCCACACAGCGUCAAACAAAACCUGAAAAAAACUUAAGCAAUGUUUGGAUGUCUGGAUCUUUUCUUUCUGUUCCCACAGUUUCUGUCUUCUUCUUUCUUUUACCAUUUUCAGUUUUGUUGUCUUUUAACCCACCUCCCAACAUGAUCUCUAAAUCAGCUCUGAGAAUGUAGCCCUUUUCCUCUUCUUUAGUCACAUAGUGAGUUUUGAGCAAAACCCUCAGCAGAGCCCCUGCCUUGCAACUAGCCUUGUGUACAUUUACCAGAGCAGUGUCAAGUUGUAGUUAAACCACCUGCUAGAAAGUUGUUUUGCUUCAGCCUCAGUAGAUAGUUUAAUUUCAACUCAACGUUUUACUGCCUAAAUGAGUGAGAUGAACCUACAAAGACAUUUUCCCACAGCAGUUGAGUUCAGUUGUGCUUGUGUUCAGCCUCCUUUUCUUUUUGAUGCCUUCAUGUUUCAUCCCGCUGGAAUGGAUACCCAACCUGGGGCUGAUGGACUGACCAAUUAAAAACUCAGCACUCAGACUCAACACUGUCAAUAAGUGAAUAAAGGAGCUCAUUGGACAAUGUAUAAAGGACAAAAAAAUGAGUGUCUAUAAACUGUAAAGGUUAAGAACUGCACUGUACAUGCUUGUCAAUGACCACUGAGUUUAUAAAGUGUAAAGAAGUGGAUGGGAAUGUCAUUAUGCUAUAUAAUUCCAAAACACCACUGUUGCCCAGUACUAGUCCCUAAAUACGUUUUUAUGUUUUGGUAAAUCUUUAAUUUGGGCAUCAAGUGAUAGAGCAGCUAUAAAAGCUAAUAAUCUGUAAAUCUUAGAGCUGUCUUGUGUGAAAUGAGGAUUUAAUUUUUUCUACAAUUGUGUUGAUAAUGUAGCUCAUGAUAUUGUUAGUAAUAUUAACAAUGUCAGUUAUUAUUGUGGAGGUAAAUAGAGGGGUAAUGAUGAUGAUGACCCUCAGGGAAGUAUGAAGUUCCUAAAGGAUUAGUUCACAUUUUCAACCACGCUAACCUCUCUAGUGAUGGCUUUGUUGGUCUGUCAGUUUGUCCACCACUUUCUAGAAUAGAAAUAAAAUAUCGGAGGGAUAGACAUGAAAAUUUGGAGCCUAGAGAAUGAAUUUUUCUGACUCUAAGUCCUGCAAUAAGGAUCCCCUUGCCAUAUGUACAUUGAAAGAGCAGGAACAAUUACAGGAGGAAUGAUUACAGUAGCCAAUAACUCUUUUGAUAAAUAUAUGGGUGUGAGUAGUGUAUUCAUGUAAACUAGAAGAAAUCUGAUAUCCUUUAAGGGUGAGGUGAUAAAGAAGCGGUGUGUGCCAUAUUAUAAGGCAUUAUGUAGCUUGUUCUUUCAAGAAUGACUAAUGAAGACAGAGGGAGUGAAGAUUAGCACAUAAAAGAUGUGCAAUGAUCUACAAGUACACUAUUACGGAUCAGAUUACACUUUGGGUACUUGGGCCUCUAUCACGCUAUCAAGAUAACCUCUGUGUCAAAAAUUGUCUUUGAAUUAGAAAUGGAAAUUAUGUAUAGUCCAUUUCUGUAUGUAAAUUCCAACGUAAUACUGUAUUUAUCUUGUACUGUAUUUUAGAGUUCAGCAAGUUUGUUCGGACAUGUGGAGUCAUCAGUUUAGUAUGUGUGUUAUGCUGUUACAAACGUGAGAAUUUUCAUGUCUUUCUAAAACUGUAGAAGAUGAUGUGUGGAGUCUUGGCACCAGCCUUUUGAGUUGAGUUACUUUUAGUCCUUGGGGAGACUAAAACUUCAUUGCCGUUUAAUGCUGUAAGGUGUGUGCGUGCAUGCAUGCAUGCGUGCGUGCGAACAAACAAAGUACCAGAUAACAGGAAGUUAAAUCCCUUAUCAACAAAUUCCCUUGGUUAGGCUGCUAAGAGAGAGGAAUUUAUAUUUUAUCUUGAUGCUAUUUAUGUGUUAACAUCUAUUUGUUUGCAUAUUUAUUGAAGUGAAUUUGUGUAUUUUCUUCUAAAAGUUUAUUAUUAUUCAAAGCCAGGAGAAAAGAGUUUCAGCUGUCUCCAAGACAUGAAUAAAGUGUCUGAUGAAGUAGAUGGAAAGAGAAUCA